AUGCCGGGUUGUUGUCGAUGGAAUUGUUUCGGCCUCUGCCGCCGCCCCCGCACCUCCCCCAGUUUUGGCCCUCGCCCUUCCGGCGAUGCUCCUAUAGAACUCCGAGUUAUACCUCGCCCUACUCCGGCAGCCCUACCCAUCCCCGACCCUGUUGUCCCUGUCGAUAAUCCCGUUUCCAUAUCUUCUCAGCCUGGUGCUUCCCCAUCCGUUAACCCAAAUGAUUAUCAGUACGGCGAGCGCGAGAUGUGGGGACACUUGCGACAAAGAUGGAUCGAUGAUGCAAACGAGCCUAACUGUACAGUGCAGCCACCAAAUUUUGAAUUUAGAAAGUUGACCCACGCUAAACACCGGUCCGAAAGAUGGACAUCAAAUUUCAACCGCUGGAUCUCAAGGCCCCCGACCCUUCAAAGGGACCUCGAGGGUUGUGGUCUCCCUGUAGGUAACGAAGAUUAUCAUGAUGUUAAAAUAUCGAAGAACUCGGUCUUUGAGCACUCUAAAAGAGGAAGGGGAACUAACUUUUAUCAUAUCUCGACUGCAAUGGGAGUUAUUAUCUUGAGAAAUGUUGACAGAUACGAUGGACCUUGGUGGAGCCAGAUUGCCCUCGCACAGUACGAUAUUCACUUCGCCCGGAAUAUCUUGAGACACAUCUACCUCGAAAACGUUAUCAACGCGGAUACCAGAGACUUUAUACAAACGAUUUGGGUGAAAACUCAACCACCUAAUUCCCAGGGGUUUCAGCCAUCUCCAGCAUCAGUAAAUCAAGUGACCUGGAACUUUGAUACCCCCGAGUAUAAGGCCAUUCUAGGCACAGAGCUUGGGAAGGGGGUGGCUGCUAUUGUUUUGUCGGCAUUUCCCAGAGGUACACAUCGUAUCACCGGAAUCGUGGUCUGGAAGAAGUCUAUCAUGCAGAUACGAUUUGAUAUCGAAAACAAAGCUUACAUUUAA